AAGAUGAUGUCGCUCGUCGACCUGGACGACGAUCAGCGGUGGCUGCCCACGCACGUCAAUGUCACCGUGCUCCGCGCCAGGGGGCUGCGGACCAAGAGCAAACACGGCAGCCGCUACCUGUACGCGGUGGUCCAGGUGGGCAAGGACAAGUACACCACCGGCCUGGUGGACAAGGCCGAGGUGCCCGUGUGGUCCGAAGAGUGCUGCUUCGAGCUCCUGCCGGGCAUCCUGGAGGAGGAUGGCGCAGCUGGAGGCGGCCGCGGAGCCUACCCGCCCGGUAGCGCCGACCUGGUCCUCACCGUCAUGCACCGAGUCCUGAUUGGACUCGACGUGUUCCUCGGCCAGACCGUCAUCCCGCUGGAUCGCGUGUUUCGGGAGGGCGCGUGCCGGAGAGACCAGUGGUUCAAGCUCCAUUCGAAGGCGGGACGGAAGGCGAAGGAGCGUGGCGAAUUGCAGCUGACGGUGCAGUUCACCCGCAAUAACAUGACGGCCAGCAUGUUCGACCUCACCGCCAAGGACGAGCGGCGCUCCGCUUUCGGCAAACUCAAGGAUCGCGUCACAGGGAGAAAGCACCCCGAUGUGGAAUCUUCCUCGGCCAUCGUGCCGGGCCGCUACGCUGCCCUCUCGGUGACCCCGGGUCAGCCGUUAGGCGACGAAUGUGAGGGCGCCGCCCACGGGCGAGACGCAGCGAUAACGAAGGAAAAGAAGAGCAAGAUGAAAGAUUUCUUCAAAGGGAAGCUGAGAAAGUCGCCCGACACCAGGUCAUGCUCCUCCCUGGCUUCUGACAGCAGCGCCUCCUCCAUGGCGAGUGACACCAUCGGCCCUCCUCCCGCUCUCGGCCUGCUCUCAGAUCUCCCCAGCUCGCCUGUCUACACCGCCGUCACACGAGUGGACCCCCACUGUAGAGACAGAGCUCUAACUAAAACAGUGCUCACCAGUCAGCACGCCACAAAGAUUCUGACACACAAGCGAGCCUUCAGCGAUGAAGCUAGUAAGAUCACAACAUCUAUCCCUCUAGAAAAGCCCACCGUGGAGUCCGUCAAAGGCCCGCAGAAUAUGAGUCCAUCCAAGUCUUCUGUGUGUAUAAAUGGCAGCCAUGUGUAUGACUCUGAGCCUUCAAUCCCAAAGAACGCUGGAGCCCUGCCGUGCAAGUUGGUCUUGUUGGAAAAAUGCUCCCCGCUGUCCCGUUCCCUACAGAACCUCGCCAAGCGAAGCGAGGACAAAGGUUCCUUUGCAGAAGGGCGACGUUGGUCCUUUGACAAGAUGAAGAAUGAGGGAAAGGAGGAAGAAAAGGCGGCAGACACCUCCAAUGCUGAUUCUUCUGACAAAGGGUGGAAGCUUAGAAAGACCUUAUUCUCUGGAGGUAGGAGCGAUUCUGUUCCAGGAAAGCCAAAUGGAAGCCAGGCUGCUUCCACCUCUGAAGGGAGGCUCAGAGGCUGGUUCAGCUCCACAGACUCCCAGAACAAGCCAAGGCUGGAAGUGUCUCCUAAGCUAGAAAGCACCUCAGCUAUAUCCCCCCCACUCCCUCUUUGGCCCUCUGUAGGCAGUCACUGUUCCUCCUCCUCUGACUCCCGCCCAGUUGAACAGAAUCACACCCAUCCCAUCACCCCGCCAUCGACCCCCAUCUCCCCCUCCAACCCCUUCUUUGAGGAGCUGCAGGGGUCCCCUCCUUGUGCACCCAGCUCCUCAAGCUUUCUGUACACUUCUCAGCACUCCGGCCAGGACAUACCCAGUUCCAUUCAAGACACUAUACCCUCCAUCAAGAGGGAGCGUCCUAAACCUGUCGCUAGGCAGAUAUCACUCCCUGUGUUUUCCAACCUCUCAAGUGAUCGUCCAAUGUCAAUGAGCGUACAGGACUGGGAAGACUCAUUCGACAUGUUUGCUUCAAACAGACUCAACUCACCCAAAGGAAAUCCCUCUCAGAUGCAACUGGAAACUACUCUAGAGUCUACUCAGAGGUGUAGUUAUAUUGCAGCAAAUGUACAUACUGAAUAUCACAUACAAGAGCGACAAAGAUACCAAAAGGAUCCUCCACCAUUACCUCCAAGGAGACCAAUAAAAACUUCAGUGAAUGAGAUAUACUCUGAUGGUUGGCUCCACAGAGGCCAAGAGCUGGCAGUUCAUAAAGAAGCCUAUCUACUCUCUCAGACUGGAGUGGCCUCACUGCAACAUGGAAGAGAGCUAGAGUUUAAAAGACCGACAUCAAGUGUAUCAUCAGACAGCGAGACCUCAGAUUCCCUCAUUGUUAACUCUCAGCUUUAUGGAAUCAUCCCUUCCCCGGGAUUUAUGUCCGAAGAGACUCUGAAAAAGUAUGAACCCUUGGAAGACACAACUGACUUCUGGGGGGGCAUGCUAUUUGAACAAGACUUGUAUGGGCGGGUUUUCAAGGGAAAUGUUAGCCAAACCACUUCACAUGUAGGGAAUAGCACCGGGCUUGAGAAUAUUCUAAACUGUCAGACUUCUGUUGCUGACCUUUUGAAGAAGUCCUCUAAUUCACUCUCAAUGUCAGAAUUAAAGACCCCCCCUCCAGUAGAGUCUACAGAGUCUUCUCUCAUAAGUCAAGCCCCAUGCAUGGACAAAAACGGGACUUCCUUGCUAACCUUAGGAGAUCUGAACAUGAAUGUUAGCGAUUCUGAUUUCGGCUUUAUGGAUUCUGAUGGAUCUUCUCAGACAAAAGCAGUUAAAGACGUCAAAGGCCUCGGCAUCUUAAGUUGGAUCGGUCCGCAGUUGUCACAAGAUUCCACAACAGCUGUUUACCACGAGGCAGCUACAGAUGCUAACACCAUAAAAGACACCAAGAUGCCCGAAAGUGACUCAUCUUUGGAAAGAACCAUGUUAUCUCAUAAAACGUGCAAAGUCUCUCCAGUUUGGCAGGACUUUCCAUUUGAGAUCAACAAUCGUAAAAUCUGUGAAACCCAGGAGCAACCUGUAGCCAAUCUGGAGUCCAGUGAUGAUAAAACGGGAAGGGAUGAUGCUUUCAAAGAGAAAAAAAAGGACUGUAAUGAUAAUGGGAACCCUCAAGCUGCGAGAGAAUUGUUUCCACGGGUAGUCAGCGCACGUGUUAGACCGAAAGCAAUUUCAAGAGUGAACAGCACUGACAAUCCAAGCAAAACUGAUCUUGGUCAGCAGUCUUCACUCGUCACUGAAGGUCCGUCAUCAUAUCAACCUAGUAGCUCAGCUCCAUCUCCCAAUCUGGCAUUGGAUAGCAAUGAAGAUAAAGUCUCAGGCUAUCAUUGCAAUUUGAACGAUAGUUCGCCAAUACCUUCAAAUGAUGACUCAGCACUAUUAGGGGAUUAUGUGACCGAAAACCCCUCUGAGAUUACUUUUGAAGUCCUUCAUGCCAAAGUCGCCCCUCAUUUGAGAAGUCCUCCAAAGUCUGAGCAGGGUUGUUCUCUCACUUCCUCAACCGAUACACCUGCUAAUCUCCCUCUUUCCGCUGCCUGUUGCACCUCCACACGCUCGUCAAGCACAAUUAUGCAAAGCGCUGGAACCAGUAGGUCUCUGAUUGUGGCACCCUACACAACCUCCUCCUCCUUCACCCCCGACACUACCUCCACCACUGAUCAGCCGCUGUUCGAUGCACUGCACUCACUUUUCACAGAGGAGACAUGGCCAGCUUGCAACCUGCCCCGCCAGGAGAGCAGACCACACCUAGUGAAGCCUUUAAGCCAAUCAGAGAAGAAGGAGAGCCGUUCAGUUCUAGAGAAACUCAAGUCUACCAUAAGCCCGGGACGCACUGCCCAGCAGGUGGCAGCCGGGCCGGGGAAAAUUCAGGGUUUCCACCGUUCAGAAAUGAAAAUAAGGGACACCCACCACAGAAUCUUGGGGCCAUGGCCCCACAGGCCCGACCCCUGUGGGAUGGGGUGCCCACAGCAGAAUGAAUGUGGUUGGAUGUUUGGUGGUAGUCACAGGGGCCGUCGCCACAGAAUGGCAGCCACGCUUCAGUCAGACUGUCCCGGAGCAGCUGGGGCUACACAAGUUUCUUAGCACCACCAGGGUGUGAGUGUAGAGUGAAUGAAUAAUGCGUGCAAUUGUAAAGCGUCUUUGAGUGCCUUGAAAAGCGCUAUAUAGGUGUAAUGCAUUAUUAUUAGAUUUUUAUUUGUGUCAAUGUUUUUACUAAAGGGGUGAUCAAGAAAGGAAUUAGUCACACAUAAAGCUUGAAAUGCUUUCUUACUUACACAUGACUGCAACAUUGUUGCACAUAAAGUGCUGUUACUUAUGCUACAUAAAUCCUUAAUUACAUGGAUUCCUAUUUAAUUUUCAAUGACAAAAAUCCAUCCAUCCAUCCAUUUUCUGAGCCGCUUCUCCUCACUCGGGUCGCGGGCGUGCUGGAGCCUAUCCCAGCUGUCAUCGGGCAGGAGGCGGGGUACACCCUGAACUGGUUGCCAGCCAAUCGCAGGGCACAUAGAAACAAACAACCAUCCGCACUCACAUUCACACCUAGGGGCAAUUUAGAGUUUCCAAUUAAUGCAUGUUUUUGGGAUGUGGGAGGAAACCGGAGUGCCGGGAGAAAACCCACGCAGGCACGGGGAGAACAUGCAAACUCCACACAGGCGGGGCCGGGGAUUGAACCGGGGUCCUCAGAACUGUGAGGCUGACGCUCUAACCAGUCGGCCACCGUGCCGCCAAUGACAAAAAUAAAGUAGAAAAAAAAAAGUGCCAAAUGCUCACAACUUCGUAAUCAGUUGAGAUACCCAAAGAGAUACAGUAUGAUCUACCACAGCACAGUUGCACUCCACUUUCCCACUGCUUUUGGAGCAAGGACAUCUUUAACCACUGCCUCUUCCUUUGCUCUGGCUACAGUCAUUAUCUGUACAGUUAGCACUGUUGUAGCUGAGGUUAUGUUUGACUGUGUGGUACACUUGUCUUACUUCAGGUUGCAAGGUUUUAUUUUUAAAGUGGAAGGAAAGUGGAGUACCCCGAAGAAAACACACUCAAACAAGGGGAGACCUUGCAAACUCGACACAGGAGUGUCAAAAAUUACAUUUUAACCAAGAACCUCUCAUCUGUGAGGAAGAUGUACUAACCACUUGUCACCAUGCUGCACAUACUUAAAACUUACAAAUGUAUUGUGACUAAAUGCUUAAAUCUUCCAUAAAACUGUAAUUUAGCUUUGGAUGAGCGUCUUAGUACCAAAAUCACAAUCAAUACACCAAUUCUAAAGAAUAGAAAGAAUGCUUUAAAAAAUAAAUAAAAAUAAAUAAAUAAAUAAAUAAAAGGCCCCAGAUAUCCAACUGAGGAACAGUAUUGUGUAUACCAACAAAGUGUAUACAGUAUAUACAGUGAUGCCUCGACAUACGAGUGACCCAAUUUACGUUUUUCGAGAUACGAGCCUUCGUCUGCACAAUUUUUUUCCUUUGAUUUGCGAGCAAAAAUUCGAGAUACAAGCAAUGGUGGCAAUGAACGCAAUUUAGCUCAUUUCACAACAAGCAGCAGUGUGACAUUGUGAACAAAUCUUCAAAAAAGAGGCUCCAAACUGUUUAAUGUCAUUCUCAGUUGAAGUUUACUUUCAAACAAACUAAACAGCAAAGAAAAUGACAGGUUGUUUAUUUAAAACAACCACAUAACUUUACCUUCAAGUCCGCUAGCUUAAUGAUAACGCAUAAUAGGAAAUGUCAUAGACGGGCUAACAAAUAGCAUUCAUUGGGUGUAUUUAUAAUGACCCUUUGCUGUGACACUCAUAUAUUUAACUCACGUGCUGUCCAUUUCUUCUGAUCAUCCUUAAAAUAGUUCUACACCUUCAUUGGAGACCAGCUGUGUUUGAUUAUACUGAUUGGACUUGAUUAGGAAAGCCACACACCUGUCUAUAUAAGACCUUACAGCUCACAGUGCAUGUCAGAGCAAAUGAGAAUCAUGCGGUCAAAGGAUCUGCCUGAAGAGCUCAGAGACAGAAUUGUGGCAAGGUACAGAUCUGGACAAGGUUACAAAAAAAUUGUGCUGCACUUAAGGUUCCUAAGAGCAUAGUGGCCUCCAUUAUCCUUAAAUGGAAGCUGUUUGGGAUUAUGUUAUUAUGUUAUUCUAGAAGUUAUCAUUUAUUUGCUUAGCUUGCAUUAGUAUUAUGGACGAUUUUAGAUGUCUCUCCUUCAAAAAGAUGACUCAGCAUCAUCCGAUGGAAGGGCGCCUGGACCAAGGACGUGAUCGGAUGUGGUCGGGGACGUGACAGGUGUUGGUCCAAUGUUUUGUGUUGUGUCUUAUUGUUUAGAACAUUAUGUCUGGGAAAAACCCUCCUAUUUUCAAAUAAAUGCAGGAGCGACGGGAGAGAUUGGUUAGAGCGUGUUGAGAGACUGUGAUCUGAACAAUCUCCCAUACGCCCUCCUCAUGAGAAAAAGAAACCAGUGUCUUCAUUCCUUUUGUGUCUAUUUUUAUAA